CCGAGAGAUAAAUUCCGAAUACAGUGCUUUCGUGCUGCAGUCGAAUGGGUGGUAGCCAAUCAUGGUGACGAUGGAAUUCGCCGACAAAGAUCGGCAUUAGUUCCGUCUUCAGUGACCACCGCAGAGGGCAUGACGUUUGAGGAGUACGUGAGGCAUGCGUUGGCUCGGCAUCCUGAAAUCGCCGAAGCUGUUAUUGAGCAGAACUCGAUGGGUAAGCGUCAGAUCGAGACCCCAAAUAAAUAUCUUACAGACUCAGGAUGCGAUGAGCGAGUUAGAAGAUUCGUCGAUCAGGUGGAAAACGAAUGGCGUCGAUUUUUGGUCGUUCACUGCCUUCGCCUACUCUUCGCUCCUCUUGUAGAACAUCUCUUGAUUAUGGAUAGAGUUGAAUUUUUAAAGGAUCAUGGACACCAAGGCACUGCAGAGUUGGGAACAAAUCAUAUUAUUCGCUAUAUAAUCAUGGUAACUAUCGAUGUGAGGGGAGUGCAAAUUAUGUUCCCGUUUCCUCCAUACGAGUGUCAAGUGGCAUACAUGGAAAAGGUGAUCGAAGCAAUUGAUAUG